AUGGCACCUACUCAAGACGAGCAUAGCUCUCAAGAGUUGCUUCAGACUCAAGUUCAUCUUUGGCACCAUGCAUUGGGAUUUGUCAAGUCCAUGGCACUCAAGUGUGCGAUGGAGCUGCAAAUCCCUAACACCAUCCAACACCAUGGUGGGUCUUUGACCCCUUCUGAGUUGGCCAUGAAGAUUGGACUCCAUUUGUCUAAGCUUCCCCGCUUACUACGACUCAUGCGUGUGCUCACCGUCUCAGGUAUCUUUGUUGUUCAUGAAGUAGCCUCCCCAGACAAAGAGGUUACUUAUGGGCUUACCCCAACCACACGCCUUCUCGCUAGUGAUGAAGUUAAAUCAAGCAUAUUUCCUAUUCUGUCUUUGAUGCUUGGUACAACUGCCAUUACCCCUUUUCUUGGCAUGCAUUCAUGGUUCCUAGAUGAGCAUUCCAUGUCCCUGUUCAAAAAGGUUCACGUUGACAUUUGGGAGAUGACUGACCAGGACAAUACUUACAACCAGCAAAUCAAUAACGCAAUGGUUUCUGAUAGUAAUUUUCUCAUGGAUAUCAUCUUGAAGGAGUGUGGUGAUGUAUUUCUUGGCAUAAACUCACUUGUUGACGUCGCCGGAGGGCACGGUGGAGCUGCGAGAGCAAUUGCAAAGGCGUUCCCGCAGAUGAAAUGCACCGUGUUGGAUCUCCCUUAUGUGGUUGCAGAAGCCCCUAGUGAUGCCUAUGUGUCAUUUAUUUCUGGCGAUAGGUUUAAGUACAUUCCACCAGCAGAUGUUGUUUUCCUGAAGUGGGUUUUUCAUGAUUGGGGUGAUGAAGACUGUGUCAAGCUGUUAAAAAAUUGCAAGGCAGCUAUCCCUCCCAAAGAUGCUGGUGGAAAGGUGAUAAUCGUUGAUAUGGUAGUUGGAUCUGGGCCAAAUGACAUUGUAACAAGAGAGACACAGGUUUUGUAUGAUCUCUUUAUCAUGUCUAUUGAGGGCAUUGAGCGGGAGGAACUUGAGUGGAAGAAGAUAUUCAUGGAAGCUGGGUUCGGCGACUACAAAAUUAUAUCAGUGCUGGGAGUUAGGUCUGUUAUUGAGCUCUACCCUUGA